AGCAAACAAAAUCAAAACCUUGGUACUCCUGCUCCUGAUCCAAGUGUUUUGAUAAACCCAACACCCUACCCCUCAGAACAAGAUUACCAUUGAGAUUUGAAUUUGAAAUCAAGAAACUUCAUCCCAUAAAAACCCAAGAGCGGCAUACUACACAACACUCCCCAGCCCACUUACAACACAAUGGCAUGUCCCUGUUGCGCUCAGCCGCCGAAGCCGCCAUCCAAAAAAACUACCCAGUACAACGGUCAACAGAACCAGAAGCAGCAAGGCUACUAUCCGGGCGACCCAAGUGUAUGCAGUGCAACAAAACAACUCUACGCGCAACUGAUCGAAAUUGCAUUGCAAAAGACUUUAUUUCAGAAAAGAAACGAAGUUUGUGUUGCCCCCGAUCAUGAUGAAUCAGGUAGCAACAAGCUGCUGAAACCAGGUCUGUAAUGCUGUAAAGAUGCUUGCAAUUAGUACGAGUUCUUGUGCGAAGUAGAUGUUGUUUUUCCACUCGAUAACCCAUGGAAAUGGAUUUCGACGACUUCCUUUCUGGUGACACGGGCGCCGGCCCCGCCGGCCCCAAGGGUGGCGGGGGCAAAGGCGGUGCCAAAGGAGGGAAGGGCGGGGGGAAAGGGCAAGCUGCGGUGAAAUCGGAAGUGGAUUAUGGAUAUGGCGGGGACGAUGGGUAUGAGGACGAUGACUAUUUCGACCAGGUAAAUUUGAUCAACCACGCCACCGGACAGAUAAUCGCGCAGGGGGACGAUGAAGUAAGAGAAUGGAUCGAUAAGGAAAAGGCGCUGCGGAAAAAGUGGGGGGAUCACGUACUCACUUUGAUCAUUGCAGUUUUGCAUAACAAAUCUAGUUCGUUAAGGUAAACCCGCAUUACAAAUUUGAUUUGUAAAAAUGCUGAGCCAAUAAUUUUAUUUGUGCUGCAAUUACAAUGUGAGAUCGAUGGAGCAAUGAAACUCUUCUAUCACAGGUCUUCUUCAACGUAUUCCGGAUGAACGUCCACGCCUCCUCCCGUAGCCAGGUGCAGCAGCGGCUCACCCCCACCAAGCCCAACUUUGCCUCGGGCGCGCCGAAAGAUGCGAAGGACAAAAUCGUCGUUCCCGCAGAGAAGAUCGAGCCCAAUACGACGGUUUCCAAAGUAAAAAAGAUGCUGCGCGAGCAGUGGUUCCCGCAACAGGGGAUAAGAGUGGAGAACAACGAGCGGUUGACUUUUUACGUGGAGUUUAUCAUGGAGGACCAACAGUAUUUUUGGGAGGACUACCCCAUGGUGUUGCCGGUUUUUGUCACCGUGUGGGUCCACGCAAUGCCGCUGUCGGAGCUCAAACAGUUUCUGCAGAAGUUGCCGUGAGGGGGAGCGAGAGAACUUUAACGUUUUUGGAAAUCAUAGUCAACAUAUAGCUUUGUACAGUACAGCACUUAUUUGCAGAACGACGUAGUAGUAGAUACUUGUCUUCUAGAUUAUUAUUGGGUUUCUGUUACAUGCCGUUUCGGUUUCAUGCAUCGGUGGCAGUGUUCGGGGAGUCAUGUUUAAGCCUCCUGCAGGUGACUGAAGGUGUUGACUGCAGCACGCACAGGUUUGAUGUGCAUGUGCUGACCUCAACAUAGCAUGACACAGAGCACGUCUUCUUCCGUGCGACCAUGAAACGUCGUCUUCAACAGUUGGUCGCGUACGACCAUGACCGUCGCGGUCAGUGGUCUUAUUGUUAUUUUGGACCUGUUUUAUUACCGGAACGGCACUGUUCUAUCGUAAGCGUAACAUAUGGACGACGAGAGAGGAAACCAAGACGAGAAGCUGCAGGUUGUACUACUUACAUCUAGUUGCGAUGAGUGAGUGUGAGUCAAGUGGUUUCUAUUUGCUUGUGAACGAGCGUGGUGAAGAGUGAGUGUGUGUAAGUACAAAAGCGACUCGCACUCGACGAGGCAGUGUGGUUAGCAGUGCAGCGAAUUGCAAGACGUUUGAAAGAUGCACAUACAACUACCUCCUGAUUACUCACAACAACGUUUCUCAUCUUCCAUC